AUGCCACAUCGUAUGCGUAAGAUUGUUUCAAGGUGUCGUCCACCAUUUAUUGGAACACGUCGUGAUCGGCAUAAACAUGGUUCUACUCAUCAUUAUUCCAAUAACAAUAAUAACACGGGUACUAAUUUUACUACGGUUACUUCCGAUAAUGCUCAGACGACGAAUAAUUCUAAUUCAAUAUUAAAAUAUUCACCUCAAUUAUCAACUCACUCAAGUAAUAAAGAUUGUGAUAGUCAAUCUAUUUCAUUAUCAUCAAACUAUCCAGCAAUAUCACAUACAAUGCAAAAUACAGCUAGUUCAUCUAAUUUAGGUACUAUAGGUACGGGUAUUGUACCACCACCAAUGCAUUAUCAACAGCCGCAAUAUAUGCAAUCAACAACACCAUCAGUUGCAAAUGGAAAAGAUGAAAUGCGUGGAUGGUUAUAUAAAUGGACAAAUUAUCUAAAAGGUUAUCAAAAACGUUGGUUUGUUUUACAAUCUGGAAUAUUAUCAUAUUAUCGUUCACAAGAUGAAAUGACACAUACAUGUCGUGGUACAGUUUAUCUUGAAUCAGCACAAUUAUCAUCAAAUGAUUCAUGUCAUUUUGUUAUAUCAAAUGGUUCAACUAUAAUACAUUUACGUACAAGUAAUGAAAAUGAUAAACAACGUUGGAUGAAUGCAUUAGAAUUAGCUAAACAAAAAGCAUUAAAAGUACGAAAACAAUAUCAAGAUUCUGAUGAUGAAGGAUUAACAAAUGAUGAUUUAAAUAAACAACAACAAGAUAAUUCACAUGAUCAAACAAAACAAUCAACAAAUACAACAGAUCGAGCCGAAUUAGCAACAAUGAAUAAAACAUUAGAUUCAAAAUUAGAUGAUCUUAAAAUGUGUAUGGAUUUAAUAAAUCGUCAUUAUCAAGCACUUCAUAGAACACUUGCUGAUCUUGAACAAAUUGAUAAAUCGGAAGCAACUAUAAAUACUAUUAAAAGUGUUAAUGAACGUGCUACAUUAUUUCGUAUUACAUCAACAGGUAAACAAGUUUAG